AUGACGACUCGUAUAACUCCAGGUGUAGGAGCUAAUCUUCUUGGCCAACACGCUACUGAGAGGAACCAAGACGCCACCGUGUACGUCGGAAAACUAGAUCCUCAGAGUGUUACUGAAGAAUUGAUUUGGGAAUUGUUCACACAAGCCGGACCAGUUGUUAAUGUCUUUAUUCUGAAAGAUAAGGUGACAAAUACUCAAAAAGAUUUUGGUUUCGUACAAUUCCGCAAUGAAGAAGAUGCUGACUAUGCUAUUAAGGUUCUUAACAUGAUUAAGCUCUACGGGGAACAUAUACGUGUCAAAAAGACAGUGCAAGAGAGUUUCGAUGUUGGUGCUAACCUUUUCAUUGGAAACCUUGAUCCUGAUGUGGAUGAGAAGCUCUUGUAUGAUACUUUCAGCGCAUUUGGUUUGGUUAUUGAUAGUCCUAAGAUAAUGCGCGAUCCGGAUACCGGGAACUCACGAGGUUUCGGUUUCAUUAGCUAUGACUCCUUUGAGGGAUCUGAUGCUGCUAUUGAGGCAAUGACUGGACAAUACUUGAGUAAUCGUCAAGUAACAGUCUCUUACGCUUACAAGAAAGACUCUAAAGGAGAGCGUCACGGUACUCCAACAGAGAGGCUUUUGGCUGCUGAUUCCCAAAGAAGCAAACCUCAUACACGAUUCGCAACUAUCCCUACAACGCAGAGUACUAAUGCUCCGCGUCCGUUUGCUAAUGGAAAUAUGCAACCUGUACCGAUCCAGGCUCACCAUCCACCACCAUCAGUUCCACAAGCGUAUCAAACUCAGCCAACAUUUUGGUCUUCUCAGCAACAACAACAAAAUGGCUUAGUGAUUCCACCACCGGCCAUGCAGUUCCGUCUCCCUCAAAGUGUGCUGCCGCCACCACCACCUCAGUUUCAAUAUCACCAACAAGGUUAUGGUGGUCCGAGGGUGCCACCACCACCACCUCAACUCAUGGGAAUGUACCAGCAUGACUGGCUACAGUAA